AUGUUCAAGAGCACCGAUCUGCCAAUCGACAAGAGCCUUUGGGGCUCGAUCUUCCUAGGUGUGAUCGGUAGCCCGGAUCCCUAUGGCCGUCAACUCAACGGCAUGGGCGGCGGCCUGUCUAGUCUUUCCAAAGUCUGCAUCACGGGUCCUCCCACACACCCUGAGGCCGAUGUCGACUACACAUUUGUGUCACUGGGAGUCAAAAACACAAACGUCGACUACAGCUCAAAUUGUGGCAAUAUGUCCGCCGCUAUCGGACCGUAUGCCGUAAACAGCGGUCUAGUGCCCGUGGAAAGCGACGGUGACAAGACCGUACGGAUCCACAACACCAACACGGGUAAAAUCAUCCACUCAACGUUUCCCAUUGUUGAUGGAGAGGCUGCUGCAAAUGGGUCCUUCAGCAUUGAUGGCGUCUCCGGAACCGCAGCCAAGGUCAAGCUCGACUUUGUGAAGCCGGCUGGCUCGCGGACAGGGAGGCUUCUGCCCACCGGGCGGAAGGUCGACCGCUUUGAUAAUGUGCGAGCUACCUGCAUCGAUGUCGGAAACCCGUGUGUCUUCGUCCAAGCCGUCGAACUCGGAGUAGAUGGAGCUAUCACGCCUCUGGAGAUUGAGAGUCAUCUUGAUCUGCUCCAGAAGCUCGAUUCGAUCCGGCGUCAGGCAGGAGUGGCAAUGGGACUUGCACAGAGCAUCGACGAAGUGCCUGGCAGUGUCCCCAAAAUCGCUUUUGUGUCUGAACCAGAACAAGGUUCUUCAUCUAAUGUGGUUGCCCGUGCUAUAUCCGUAGGCCAACCGCACAAGGCUAUCCCCGUCACAGUGGCGCUAGCCUUGGCCACUGCGGCCAGAAUGCCUGAGACGACUGUGUCGGAAUGCAUCCGUGGCCAGAGCGAUGAGAUUGAGCUCUCGCAUGCAAGUGGUACUCUAAAGGUGAAUGCUACUUUCAGCGAGUCUGGAGAGGUUCUGGCCGGCUCUGUGCUGCGGACGGCCAGAAGGCUCAUGGAGGGAACGAUUUUCUGGAAAUAA